AAUCUGUUGGGUAUAUUUCGAGCUCUUACACGGAAACAAGACUUAUACUUCUUCCAUCUCUCAAAUGAAGGAUGAAAGUCGGAAAUGAUUGAGAAAGAUUGUUUCUUCCACAAUCAAUGGCACGGACCCGCUUCUGUCUCCCACUAGUAAUCUCUAGGAGGUAGCUUCAAACCGGCAGACAAAUCUGUUUACAGUAGACCAUGCCCGAGGCCUGAAUAUAGCAAAUAAAAGACACUGAUCUUAAUUAAUAGUCUCUUUCAGAAUUAAUAUCUUUCAUCAAUGGCCGGCAUGCUUCCUGGUGUUGAAUCUGCCAGAAGAAGACGGUUCCAUCAAAGCGGAGGCGCAUCUGAUUCACCAAGCACGGUAGCAAUUGGCUUGACAAGGAGGUCCUCUUUUUGUUUGUAUACAAGCAACCAUGAAACUCAUCAUAGCUCUGUUUCUUCACAGCGAAGGAGCAUAUUAAAUCAGGCCAAUCAAGAUGAGAAGCUGGGAGAGGUAGCAAGAGAAGCCAAGGAAAGAUUAGAUGAGAGGCUGAGAACACAAAGGAAAUCAGAACCCACAAGGCAAAAUAGUAAAGAAAGUUUGAGGUGCGUUGAUGGGAGAUCUAUGGUACAAGGGGAGUUGCACAAGGAAGUGUUUGGACCAAAGAAGAGUGGCACAAAGAGGUUCGGUUGGGCCAAGUUGAGUUGGAAGGCUUCAGAUCCGGAAGAGUGCGCCAUUUGCUUGGAACGGUUCAAGGCUGGUGAGAUCUUGGUUCAUCCGCCAUGCGCACAUCGGUUUCAUUCGAGGUGCCUGAUCCCAUGGGUAGAGAAUAAUGCUCAUUGCCCAUGUUGCAGAAUGGGCAUCCUUUCUUGAAAAAAGCUUAUUUCUUUUUUUUUUUUAUCACAAAGUCAAAGGAUUGUUGUAGGGUUAGUGAUGAAUGAUUACCCAUGAAUCAGGAAAUAGCUUGUUUUCAUAUGUGAAAUUAAAAAUUUCUUUUCAUGUUUCUAAUUCUAGCAUUCUUGAUCA